AUGGCCGACUCGGAGGCCCCCGUCGACGUCGUCGAGCAAGACGGGAAACAGUUCCGACCCAUCAAAGAGGGAAAGGCGACAAUCCUGGUGCCCCUGACCGCCAAAGCCGACAAGAACGGAGCAAGCGGGCAGCAGGUCUUCUACAACCCCAUCCAGCAGUACAACCGCGACCUCUCCAUCCUCGCAAUCAAGGCUUACGGCGAGUGGGCUCUGGAGAGACGACCGCAGGGACAACGGCCCGCCAAGCACGGCAAGAAGAGGAAGCGCGGCCAUGAGGAUCCUGCCCCGGCUCCAGCUCCGGCCCCUGGGCCAGAGCCCCAGUCCGAGUCGGGACUCCAAGAAAACCAAGCAGCAGCCGUCAGCCAACCCGACAAGUCACAACAGCCCCUACCAGCAAAGGAGCACAAGCCUUCCUUCAAGAUUCUCGAUGCCCUCUCCGCCUCGGGCCUCCGCGCCCUACGAUAUGCGCACGAGCUCCCCUUUGUCACUUCGGUGACUGCCAAUGACCUCUCCGCCUCGGCCGCUGCCUCCAUCAGACUUAACGUGGAACACAACGGCGUCCAAGAUAUCGUCGCCGUGACCAACCAAGAUGCCCUCGCCCUCAUAACAAACAAGUUCGACGUCGUUGACCUCGACCCCUACGGCAGCGCCGCCCCCUUUUUCGACGCCGCCAUUCAGUCUGUUCGAUUCGAUGGCGGCCUCUUGUGCAUCACUUGCACCGACAGCGCUGUUUGGGCUGGGCACAGCUAUUGCGAAAAGACGUUUGCCCUGUACGGGGGCAUUCCCGUCAAAGGCAUGCACGCCCAUGAGGCCGGCCUCCGCCUCAUCUUGAGCGCCGUCGCCACGGCCGGCGCCAAGUACGGUCUGGCCAUUGAGCCGCUCCUGUCACUGUCAAUUGACUUUUACACAAAACUCUUCAUUCGCGUCUCCAGGUCACCACAAGCGGUCAAGUUCCUCCCCGCCAAGUCCAUGGUGGUGUACAGCUGCGAUCAAGGCUGCGGCGCCUGGGAGACACAGCCCCUCUUGAAGAGUAGGCCGGCCGAGAACAAAAAGGGAAGCGGCUUCUACUACAAGCAUGGCAUGGCUUUGGGGCCUACCGCAGAUCGCUUCUGCCAGCACUGCGGCUUCAAGACGCACCUCAGCGGGCCCAUGUACGCAGGCCACAUCCACUCCCAGGAAUUCAUCCAGCGCAUCCUCGACGAGAUCCCCAAGGCGUCCCCCGAAGUGUACAAGACGCUGGCAAGACUGGAGGGUAUGUUGCGGACUGCGUUGGAAGAGUUCAUCCCGGGGCCCGAGCCCCCAGCCGGCGUCGACCCCAAGGAAGCAGAGCUGGCGACUGUCGAUCACUAUCCCUUCUUUGUCGUCCCCGGAAAGGUGAGCAGUGUUGUCUCUUGCGCCACUCCAAACGACGACUUGUUCCGCGGCGCUCUGAUGCACCUGGGCUAUCGGGUCGGACGGAGCCACUGCCGGGCGGGAAGCAUCAAGACGGACGCGCCUUGGUCGACAAUAUGGUGGGUGAUUGCGGAGUGGAUACGCCAAAGGUCUCCUGUCAAAACGUCCAAGUUUAAGCCACCCAUGGCCGGGUGGAAGAUACUGCACGACGCCGGACUUCUGGGGCAGCAAGGUGAAGGAGCCGGGGAGUGCGCGCAAAAGAGCGAGGAGAAGGAGAGCCUUGACAUGAAAAUGGAGGAGGACGAGAAGGAGAGUAGUGACCUGAAAAUGAAGGACGACAAGAAAGAAAGCGGUGACGCGGAGAGGAAGGGCGCCGAGGACAAGGAGCAGCAACAGGUCAAGGAAGGCCAAGAACCCUCCGAGGCAAUGCCCAACGAGAGCGAUCUACGAAAGACGUUGGUCUUCAACGAUGCCCUGGCCAGGCUGGGUCGUCAAAGGGAUUCGCAGCGCUACGUGCGGUACCAAAUGAACCCGCAGCGUAACUGGGGGCCGAUGACGAGGGCAAAAGCAAACUGA